AUGAAAGGGUUGUCAAUCCGAGAAAGGCACUUUACUAACAUUAUCUUUCGUUCUCUUCUCAACGUUAUAGCUGAUAGGGGCCACGACAUUGACCUGGGUUACUGGUUUCUUGAGGAAAAUCCGACUUGGCUUGGGCCUCUGUUGGAUGACUCAAUAGGGGUUACCAAGACCCGUAUGAUUAAUACACAAGCCAAUCACGUGGACUUCGAACCAAGCAUGUACACUGAAGAGUGCGCUUUACCAACUGAGCUAGACAGGCUAUACGCUUACUUCAAGUCUCAGGAGGUAUAUUUACACAAAUCUUACCACGACAUCAGAUACAAUCACGUCGAGUUCAAACCCUUGGGGAUGUAUAGCGACACCAAAGUUCAUCUUCACGUAGCCUCUCAAGGCUCAAUCUCUCUCAAUCUCUUUUACAAGCCACCAUUGAAGACCCAUCUGAUAUGCUUGGCUUAUGCACAAGUGAGUGAGGCUGGACACCCAGUGACCUUGCUACAGCCACAGGGUUGA